AUGGGCGUGCCGGCCUUCUACCGGUGGCUGGCGGAGAAGUACCCGAUGGUGGUGGUGGACGUGGUGGAGGAGGAGCCCGUCGAGAUCGAGGGCGUCCGGGUCCCCGUCGACACCUCCAAGCCCAACCCCAACGGCCUCGAGUUCGACAACCUCUACCUCGACAUGAACGGCAUCAUACACCCCUGCUUCCACCCGGAGGAUAGGCCCUCCCCAACAACAUUUGCUGAGGUUUUCCAGUGCAUGUUCGAUUACAUCGAUAGACUCUUCAUCAUGGUUCGCCCUAGGAAGCUUAUGUACAUGGCUAUUGAUGGUGUGGCUCCACGUGCUAAAAUGAACCAACAACGUUCUAGACGAUUCAGAGCUGCAAAAGAUGCAGCUGAUGCGGCUGCAGAGGAAGAACGGUUGCGUGAAGAGUUUGAGAGGGAAGGAAGAAGGCUUCCUGCAAAACAGCAAUCACAGACUUGUGAUUCUAAUGUUAUUACUCCAGGAACCGAGUUUAUGGCUGUUCUUUCAGUUGCUUUACAGUACUACAUCCAUCAAAGACUGAAUUAUGAUCCUGGAUGGAAAAAAAUUAAAGUUAUUCUAUCUGAUGCCAAUGUUCCUGGUGAAGGGGAACAUAAAAUAAUGUCAUAUAUUCGUGGUCAACGGAAUCUCCCCGGAUUUAAUCCAAACACCCGCCAUUGCUUGUAUGGCCUGGAUGCAGACCUCAUAAUGUUAGCUUUAGCAACUCAUGAAGUACACUUUUCUAUAUUGAGAGAGGUUGUUUUUACACCUGGACAGCAGGACAAGUGCUUCUUAUGUGGUCAGGUGGGACAUCUAGCCGCUAAUUGUGAAGGAAAGGCAAAAAGAAAAGCUGGGGAAUAUGAUGAGAAAGGUGAAGCUAUUGUUCCAAAGAAACCAUACCAGUUCUUGAAUAUCUGGACCCUUCGGGAGUACUUAGAAUAUGAGUUCAGAAUGCCAAAUCCGCCUUUCCAGAUUGAUUUUGAACGCAUUGUUGAUGAUUUCAUCUUCAUGUGCUUUUUCGUUGGCAAUGAUUUUCUUCCACAUAUGCCAACAUUAGAGAUCAGGGAGGGAGCUAUCAAUCUGUUAAUGGCUGUGUACAAGAAAGAAUUUCCUUCAAUGGGUGGCUAUUUAACAGAUUCUUGCACGCCAGAUCUGAAUAGAGUCGAACACUUCAUUCAAGCAGUUGGCUCUUAUGAGGAUAAAAUAUUUCAGAAAAGGGCUCGUUUGCAUCAGCGUCAAUCAGAAAGAAUAAAACGGGAAAAGGCCCAAGCAAAGCGUGGGGAUGAUCUGGAUCCCCAUGUCAGAGAUGAUCUUAUUGUACCUGUUGCAAAUUUCCGAGGGUCUCGCCUUGCAUCUGGGGCAGUACCUUCACCAUAUGAACAGAAUGGAUCUCAUAGAGAAAGGAACAGCCAAGCUCGGAAAGCUCCAAGAUUAUCAUCAUCAGGUUCCAGCAUUGCCGCUGCUAUUGUUGAGGCUGAAAAAGAUCUUGAAGCACAGGAGCUUGAAAACAAAGAAGAAUUGAAGUCUAUGCUUAAGGAUGCUCUUCGUGAGAAAUCAGAUGUCUUCAAUUCUGAAAAUCCAGAGGAGGACAAGGCUCUCAAGUAUACUGAAGGAUUGUGUUGGGUGAUGCACUACUACUAUGAAGGGGUCUGCUCAUGGCAAUGGUUUUAUCCUUAUCAUUAUGCUCCUUUUGCUUCGGAUUUAAGGAGUUUGAGUCAGCUCAAUAUAACUUUUGAACUUGGGUCACCAUUCAAGCCAUUUGAUCAGCUAAUGGGGGUUUUCCCUGCUGCAAGUGCUCAUGCACUUCCUCUAAAGUAUCGGCAACUGAUGACUGAUCCAAAUUCAUCAAUAAUUGAUUUUUAUCCAACAGAUUUUGAAGUAGAUAUGAAUGGGAAAAGAUUUUCUUGGCAGGGGAUAGCAAAACUGCCCUUUAUAGAAGAAGACCGGUUGCUGGCUGAGAUUAAAAAAGUUGAGCAUACUUUGACGCCUGAAGAAGCAAGGAGAAACAGUACUAUGUGCAAUAUGCUUUUUGUGAAUGGCUCCCAUUCACUUUCUCCUUAUAUCUACUCUCUCAACAGUAAAUUCGGGCAUCUGCCAGACAAAGACCAUGGUGGAAUCAAAGAAAAACUUGAUCCUUCAGCUAGUGGAGGAAUGAAUGGUUACAUUGCACUCUGCGGUGGGGACCCAUCCCCUCCUGUCUUCAGAUCUCCUGUUGAUGGGCUUGAGGACAUCAUGGAUAAUCAAGUGAUAUGCUCAAUCUACAAGCUUCCGGAUCCCCACAAGCACAUCGCCCGUCCACCUGCUGGUGUUAUCAUACCCAAGAAGAGUGUAGAAGCCGGUGAUCUGAAACCUCCACCAGUGCUGUGGCAUGAAGACAGUGGUAGGAGGCCUCAUGAUAACAAUUACCGGAGGCCUUAUGAUAACAGCAACAGGCAAAACCCAUCAGGAGCUCUAUCUGGCCGCCAACUCGGGGAAGCUGCCCAUCGACUUGUUGUAAACAGCUUGAAUGUUCGGGGUGGUGGGCAACAUAAUUCCCCAUCUAUGCCAUAUCAGACAAUAAUGAGUGGUAUGAACUAUCCAAAUGGAAUGCAUCACGUGGGUAACCAUGGAGUGCCUCCGAGAAUGGAACAGCCUGCUGGUCGUCCAGGCUGGCAUGUUCCUGGUGAUAACAUGGCCAAUGGUCAAGCAGCAUAUGGUCAGUAUCACCCUGAAAGGUCAGGACCUUCUCGGUAUGAACGAGAUAACCGUGGAAGGCAACAGUAUAACCCAUAUGCAAGAGAGAACCACCAUCAUUCUAGUGGAAGAGUUCAACCACCUGGAUACCAUCAAAACCGUGGCAACUCACAGUCUGCUGCCCCAUCAGCAGGUCCUGGGCUGUAUGGGCAACCCCCACCAGCAUAUGCUGGUGGUUAUUCAGGGGGAUACCAGCCUGCACCAUAUGGAGCUCAACAGUGGCAGCAGCGACCUUAUGGAGGUGGGACACCCCCCACAAGACCUAACUCACACCAGUCACAAAACCAUUAUGGCUCCUUAGAUAGAAGUUCUAACAAGAGGUCCUCAGGUCAUGGCUGA